AUGAUAAGGGCGAAGGAGGGCUGUAAAGUGUAAACAAGGGAGGUGGGAAUUAAUUCAAAUCUGGAAUGAACGGGAAGUGUUAAUUAAAAGACUUUAGUUCAUAAAAGUGUUUUUUAAUAUUAAAAAUGGGACGGUUCAGAAUCGUACGGCGGCUCCUGUGAUAUUUCCUCGUUAAUGUCUUUUACGAGAGACAAAGGACGUCAAGAUUUAAGUCGCCGACAUGUUCCGCAUAGAUUCCUACAUCACUUCUGUCAUUCUCAGCUAUGUCGACAAGUAUGUUAAAAACUUCAAAAGGCAGGAUGCCCAGGUAUCAUUAUGGGAAGGUGAUGGGUCCUUGCAUAAUCUUGACCUGGAUUUGGAAGUGCUUGACCAAGAACUCAACCUUCCAUUCAGCCUAGUUUCAGGGCACAUACACGAACUACUGAUCCAUGUUCCUUGGACAAGAAUAGCGUCAGAACCAGUUCAGAUCACAAUAAACACCAUAGAAUGUGUUAUGAAACUGAAACCUCCGGGGCAGGUGAUGGGGCUCAAAAAGGCAUCCAAGAAGAAAAAGAAAACUGGAAGCACAGAAGAAAGUGGCCCUCCUCCUAGCUAUGUGUCAACUUUAAUAAAUAAAAUUGUGUUUAAUAUGUCUGUAACUUGUAAUAAUCUGAUUCUUAAGUAUGUUGAAGAGGAUAUUGUUUUGUCAAUGAACAUUAAAACGUUAAGUUUGAAAACAGUUAAUUCAAAUUGGACACCUGAAUUUUCUGAUUUAAAUCUCACCCAAUUAAUUUUGAGGAAUUUAGUAACUUUUACAGACGUCACAAUCUGUUUAGACAAAAGAAAUGCAUCAGGAAGAAUAGAAUCAUAUUUGGAACCUAUUUUGUACAAAUGUUCUCUGACUGUAAGACUGAGCCGUACAUUCCCAUCACCCACAGCCACCUCUGCCACUACAACAAGGGUUGGUAUACAGUGUGAAAACGUUACUCUGUGCAUAAGCGAGCCCCAGGUUUCGAUGCUAUUAAGGCUGGCUAUGAUGGUUAAGAUGAUGUUGAAUUCACCUAAGGUAACGCCGACUCCUUCGCAGCAGUCUGUUGAGGCGAACCAAGCCGACAACAAUUCCCCCACUUUACCUGAGGAAGUCCCUGUUGAAUCGUGGUCAUCUUGGAUGUGGGGCUUUAUGCCUUCACUCUUUCCCAUUGCCUCAGAGGGACAGACAAUAGACACUGUUGUAAACCGCAAGACACAUCUUGGCUUCUAUGUCAAUGAUUUUAUUCUAGAUCUCAAACUUGUUGACGAAGGUAAGACUUGGGAAAGUCUCAUGAAACUUCAGUUUAAGGGCUUAUUUGCCGAAAUCUCAACUAGUUCGAAUGAUUGGGUGAACUUCCAGUUGGGUAUUUGCCUGAUAACGGUACAUCCAAUCCCACAAAUUGAAAAUGAAACUUACCUGUCGUGUGGAGAGAUAGAGCCUCAGUUGAAAAACAGUACCCUGUUUGAAAAGCCAGAUGUUGACCUUCCACAGCGUGCUUGGGAUGUCCAUCUGUCAACAGUCACAGAAAACUACAUGGUUUCAAGAGCGCCUGCAUUUGCAAUGGACUACCUAGCAUCGAUGGAAGUGCCUAUGAACAGUUGGAAUGACAACUUUUUAAGUGAUCCGAGGGAAAGAGUUCUAGUCAGGUAUGUCGUAGGACCUAUUAAAGUGAAUGUUACGACAGGGCUAUUAAACCGAGUAGCUGUAAUAACACAAGCAGCCUCUUAUUCUGACUACCCGCUGUAUCAACAGUUUUAUUUUAAUUCUAAUGCAAUAAGUGCAGAUGAUAUACAGACAGUAUUACGAACGGAACCAAAGUAUUUCAGUGAAACCUACAUUCCUAAGCAGAUAACACAGUUUACAAUAUGUGAAGCGACUGUUAGGAUUUUCUGCGCACAAAUUACUGUACCAGGGAAAAAAGGAAAAAAAUCUUUUGCCCCGGAAAUUCUAAAUACAAACAACAACAAACAGCCGCAGCUGGUACUAAAGCUGAAGACCCUAGAUGGCAGCUUUACAAACCCGCUCAACCCCGACAAGCUUCAAGGGUUGACUUUGAGGACCAACACAACGACGGAGAUUUUUUCAGAUGCCAUGACAACACUCUCUGCUGGUGUUAUAAAAUUGAGCGCUUCAGUUGUUAUUGGGGACAUGGAAUUUGAAGAUUUACUGGAGAUCCACAAGCUAUCAACCACUCUGGCUUAUAAUUGUCUUUUAAUAACAGAUCUUGAUUCUGUUAGUAGACAUUGCACUGUGCAAAUUGGUGAAAUAAAAUUUUCUAGCAGUAAUUCUAAAUUAAUGCUUGGACUUUGUAUAAUAGAUUCAUUCCUUAAAAAAAAGGUUUCAGCAAACCCUAUUUACACAACUACACUGGUCCAAGAUUCGUUGAUGACGACAGGCUAUCCGUUUCUCAAUUUAUCUGUCAACGCCAUUCAUUUUAUGUUCGUUCAAAGUAAAGUAAAUGAAAGUUUAAAAAUACGUGUUGGAAAUAUGUCUGGUUUUACGUUUUACCCUGAAGAGAAACAAAAACAGCAAUAUUCAAUAUUAACAGCGGGAACAAAAACAACUCAGAAUGUUUGUGAAGGAAUAGCGCAAAGGCCCAUUUCUAUGAACAGUGCUGCACCUUUCCUUUUAUACAUAAAAGUACGACAAUUUCAAAUCAACCUUGAAAAGGCUAUGUUUGACUGGCUGACAUACACGCCACGACCAUUCAUCCAGGGAGGAACAAUCUAUCAUUUAGAUUCUACUGGAAAGAUCUCCUCUUCGAGUUACAAAUCAGCAGUUAGCAGAAAAAUUUCAUCAAGUAGCUUGAGUAGCAACAGUAAAAAACCAGGGGAUAUUUUAGAGAUGUUGGAAAAGCCAAUCCUGGCAGUUGAAAAAGAAGCAGAACCAGCCCCAGUUCAAAAAUCUACAUCGUCAACAGCCUUGGAAAAUUGUGAAAAAAAAAUUAAUGAAAUUGUUAAGUGGUUUUCUCUUGUUGUCUGCGGUGAAUUUUCUGAUAUCGGACUUACUUACACAAGCUCUUCAAAAUCAGCUUAUAUCAUGGUCACAAAAAUCCCAUCUAUAAUGGUAACCUCGACAUAUGGGAAAAUAACAGUGGAUAGUGAUGAGCUGCCAAUGAUGUUGAACAAUUGGAAAAGAGACGCAUCUUCUCUUCCUUGGACGAUAAACAUAAGCGGUAUUAAUGGCUAUGGAACUGCUGAUGGCAAAGUGAAGGAAGUAUUUAUUGAACCGUUUUCUAUAAACUGCACAGUGGCAGUCACUUCAAAAUUUGCAAUACCGACGUCUGCUGUGAACGUGACAAUUCACAUUGACACUUCUAACGUGAAUACAAUCUUUGGGAAACAGCAAAUGAUGGCAAUCGCUGAGCUGCUUACGUUGGUACAUCAAGUCUUAAACGCUUUCGCUGUAAAGUUUGCUGGGUCUAGCCCUGAUGAUAUUGCUCUAGAUUUCUUACAGAACAGUGAUGAAUCCUAUAGUAUAAACCAGCCUAAUAUACAAUCAAAAGUAGAUAAUUCUCCAAUGUUAAAAUUUUCAUGCUGGCUGCAAUGGACAAUGGCUAAAUUCACUAUGUCAUUCUUAACGACUCCUUCAAAGUCAAAUACUGAAAUUUUAAAGCUAGUUUUGGAACUCGAGGACAUCAUUUUAUCUGCGGAUAUGGAUCUGAAUGAUAACGUUUAUCAAAAAAUAAAAAUGAAAGUCGGCACUGCCGGUAUUCGCCAUUAUUUCAGGGAAUCAAAAAAAAUGCCUUGGAGAAUGGGGGCAUUCAGUGGGGUAAUGAUGAGAGUUCAUGAAUCAUCUGCAAGUAAUUCUGAAUUUUUAGCUUUAACCCUGACAAGAGCAUUGGCAACAAGCUAUCAUGCCAAAAUAUCAAAAUCCACGUAUAACCUAAAGGAAAGCAGUCUCCCAAAGGCUUCUGCUAAUACUUACGUCGUGGAGAUUGAUCUUAAAUUGGAACCACUCGAUUUUGUUCUUUCUCCCAUCGUGCUAUGCAAGUUUCUGAAAGUCGUUGAGCCUGUAAUUUACAGAAAGGAGGUAGUCGGACCACCACCAGGCGCACCAUUGGAUCAACUGACCACUGCCGAUCUCCCGCUGAUCUAUCUAGACGUUCAACAGAUCCGGGCUUUCUUUCCCGCCUCGCUUCUCCCUCAAGACUCCUCUCAGCAGGAUUCGAUUAUAAUUCAUAUUGACCACAUUGCUUUAAGGCAUGAAGCUGUAAAUCCAGUUUCUAGAAAGAUAUUGAGAUCAGAUAUAUACACUUCUGCUCAGCGGGCCAGAAUGACGACCUUACCUGGAUCUCAUCUGGAAGACCGCCAAUAUCAGUUAGACUUCACUGUUCAAAUAAGUACAGGAUGCUGGCAAGAACUGGCGCCUCAUGUCAGCGGAGAAGAGGAAGGCCGACUGGACAACCCUGCAGUUUAUUGGAAUUCAGGAGGUGGACCUAGCAUUCACAAAGGAGCCAGGCUAACUCCACUGCUCACUUCUGUGAAAACGUGUCUGAUCCUCGCUCCACCCAUUGUCACCUCUGGUUUUGUUAUAAGCGGCCUUAAUUUCGAGGCAAAUAUCAUAUCAGAUGUUGAUAUGACACUUUCUUUGGAACAGCUUCGUUUGAUUAAGUGCUUAGUAAAUGAGUGCAAGUCUUUGGUGCCCGAGAGUCUUGAAUCACCUCCUCCUGAGCUGCCGGUUGAUAGUGGAAUUGAAUCUGUUGAAGGUUCUAUUAUAUCACAUAUGACAAGACAAAAAGAACCGCUAGCCAGGACUGGAAGUACGUCAUUGAUCAGUACAGUUUCUUCUACAGCAGUUAAUACAAAAGGGUUAAGGCAUAGAACACAAACAGUUCCCACUGAUGUUCUUCUCAUUGCCAAAGGGAUAUCCGUUAAGGUGUACUCUCAACACGGUGUUUCAAGUCAACCUUUAGUGUAUUUUAUGCUUUCGCAACCGUUUGUAUCCCUUGAAAAGCAUGGAGAUACUUGUGUAUACAAGGGCUCUGUUUUUGAUGCGGGUGUGAAAAUCGGAAUGAGUGGACAUUUUAUUAAAGGCAGGGUUGAGGUUGACCAUUUUCCAGUUGUGCUGGCUGCUACCAAAGAAGGUGAUCCUGAUCCAUACAAGGGCAUACCACCUGCACUUGCUAACUUUAAGGCGACUAGAGUUGGAAUGAAGCUCCCAAUUGUUGAAAUUGAACUGGGAAGACCUUUGAAAUUCACUGGAAAAAUGUCUAGCAUUGAAUUUUUGACAAAUCUGAAAGACAACGUCUUUCAAAUUUUAGAAAUCCAUCCAUUACUCCAAGAGAAUGUUGAAAGAAUUUUAUCUGAAAAGAGGUCUGAAAGGCAAUUGAAAAUCUCUGCUCUUAAUGUUUCUACAAAACAAAUUGCUUUAGACUUAGUUAUAGAUCAGCCUAAAAAGAAGAAUGUAAUAAUGAGCAUCAGCUCGAUGUCUGGGAGCCUCAACUUCCCAACCCUUAAUCAGAUUUAUGGAAACCUGAAAAUGCAGUCGGUGAUCCUAUCGAUACCCCGCCGGGGUCACUCCAUUAUUCUGAACCCCUGGUCUUUCAACCUAGUCGGCAACCUUACCUGGGAGCCGUGGAUGGCCAAUCCGCUCUUUACCAUCCAGCUCACCUCAGACAUUCUAAUUGUCGAGUAUUCUUAUACACAAAUCCAAGCUCUAGUACAUAUUUUCAAUGAAUUCAAGCCAUUAUUCAAAAGUAAACCGAAGGAAGAGGAAGCUACAUUUGAAGAUGAAACAAAAAGUAUUAAAAGUGAGGGUGAGGAACAGCUUUACAAAGAUGACUUACAAGCUGGCGUUUUCCAAUUUGUUAAUAGUACUCCACAGCCUGAACUUCCUUUAGCCUAUCAAGUCAUUUUUCCAACUGAAAAUCAGAUGUCCUGGGCUUAUCCACAACCAAGGAGCAUUACUUCUGUCACCGUACUUCCAAUCCCUUUUAAGAGGUCGGUAUCUGAGGGUGUACCAGUUGUACUACAGUAUCUGGAUUUUCUUGGGUGGAAGGAUUGGGUACAUUUUAAACUAAGUGAGACCAAAAUUGUCGAAGUGAAACUGCCGACCAAGCCGCAGGUGGCCGGCACUUGGAGGGUUGUUAUAACAUCAGCCAAAUCACCUGUCAACAUACAGGCUCUUGUGGCUGCGUUGAGAGUGGACUCGUUAUUUUCAGCACGACUUGUACCGAAUAUCAGGCUCAACAUUUCAAUAGACACAGCUCAGAUCUCUGCAUGGGCAGGCCCUUCCUCGCCUGUCAGUUUGCCUCCGGCGCUCCUUCGUUACUGUCCCGACACAUCUACUCCAGGGGAAUAUGCCUUUGCUCGUCUCUCAUUUGAGCAAGUUAAGGCGAGAAUUCUCUUAUGGAAAAAUGGCCAGUUGGAAAUAGAAGGAGACUGCAACCCCAAACUGAACAUCUUGAACAGUCUUACCCUGCAGGAACAGUGCUGCGUCAAAAAAUUUCCACUGCACUUCAAUUUUGAAAUGGACUCACAGGCAGACCUGCGCCCCCAGCAGAACCUUUCAGUCCUCGUUGGGCCAGUUUUGGUUUACAUUGCUCCCUCGAUCACUCACACGCUCACAGCAGCGUUAAAUGAUGCCAUCCUUAAACCAUUCGUAGUCUGCAAUGACACAUGUUAUCCUUUUAGAAUUGGUCAACAAGGAACCAAUGAAGACAUUACAAUCCAAUGUCUUCAAUGUCAUUUUUACUCUUGGAGAAGCAUACACCAUACAAUGUGUAUGAGGUUUUCAGCAAGCCUUCAAGGGAACGAUUUUUGGAGCCACCACAUUAGCAUUCACCCAGACCAGUGCCAGAGAAUCUUCUUAAAGGAUGACACAGGGAAACAACUCUGCGUUUUAAUUAUUGUCAAGAAACUGUCCUCUACAAUCACACAAAUUCUCAUCACUGGUGAACUUAUCGUACACAACAACCUGGAGAAGUCUAUAGAUGUCCGGCUAGUAGCAAGCACCAUCCAAGAGAGGCAGAAGUAUCUGACUAUCAAUCCAAAUGUGCGCUCACCGAGCAUAAUUCUAACGCCUGAUAUCAAAUAUAACCUGCGUCUUGCGCUGGAAGGACAGUGGUCCGGCCUCGUCCCACUUUUUGCCACCUCCAACAGCUGGCUUGUAAAAGUUCCAACAGAGAACAAGACAGAUUAUAAUAGCAUCUGGUGUCAGAUUUUUCGAGACAAGAAACAUGGCUCUAGAAUGAUGGUUGUUUUGAGUCCGAUGUAUUUUGUGAAAUCGCAUCUUCCUUGUGAUGCAAAUGUUUUGGUCAAGACUGCUGAACUGAACAAAAUCAAUUCUGCAAAGAUAUCAGGAAGGGGCUCUACAUCAAAUCUUUUCACACCAGGAACGACACAACAUUCACAUUCGCUCACAUUCCACAUCGAGGGCAACCAGCCAUCCUCGUCACCGCAUGUUCCAUUGAGUUACUCCGCUAUGGAUGGAAAGACGCCACCUCUGCCUCCAAUUCCAAAUGUAGAUGUACUCCUUGAGAGAUCUGAGAUUUUGUAUUGCGGUUCCAAAUGGCCGUUCCUGGGGCCGCACUGGUCCAGGGUAACAUGGAAACACACUAAUCAGCCAGAUACCAUUACACAUGUCAAAGUAAGGUUCUGUGCUGAUAAACUCAAAGUUUCAAAUUCACUUUUAGUCGAGCUUCAACCAUGGGCCCUAGCCAUAAAUACACUCGGCUUAAACAUAACGCUGCAGUCUUCCUCUAAGUUCUUGUGCGCCCUUGGCAAUUUCUCUGUUCUUGCCCCUCCACCUAUAGAUGAAAUGUUUUACAUCCUAGUCGAAUUAAAUGAUGGCUAUCAUAAGUCCAAUGGGCUUCAAUUGUCAGACAGCAAAAUGUUUUAUACACCAGAAGUGGCUGGAUUGAUUCCUCAAACUGCAAAUGUCAAAAUUAAAAUUCAGGCUCCUAAUUCGGUUAUAUUAGCAACGUUUCAUUCCAAAAUGAUAUCAGGCAUCCGUGUGCUUCACAUCUCAUCUUCUAUAGUUAUCACCAACCUUACAGACUAUGAUUUAAGCGUAGCUGCAUUUUCUGUCAGGAAGGACACAUCAGGAAAAUACAGAGUACCCAGUGAAAUAUUAUCUUACGCAAUAUCUUUACCUAAACAAAACCCUGAUAAUGUUUUUGCAGAGCCGUUGGCAGAAUGGCAUGAAAUCGGCCAUGGCUCAGAGGCUAGCAGAAAUCUUUAUUUGAUAUUUGAGCACAAAGGCCUGAUCAGCAGUCCAGUACAAGUAGACUUAGGAGGGCUGGAGAUGAGCGUGUCAGCCGCUCUCCUGCCAAUCGCUGGCCAACCAGAGAUAAACAAAGUGCUAAAUGUGAUUUUCCAGCUUAAAGACGGUAUCACUUACAUAAUUGUGAAUGCACAAAACACCCCACGACUUGUUGUGCACAACAGGACUCGGUACCUCCUUGCCUUAGGAAAAUCUGCUACAGAUGAAGGAGGAAAAGCUGUCGAAGAGAGUUCAGACUGGGAAUGGAAUUUCAUGCUUCCAGCUGGGAAAUGCGGACAUUACAAGCCUCCUCCUUGUAAUGCACCACUGGGGACACCGUUGCCCCCAAUAGUGGUCACCAGGCCUGACACAAUGUGCUGGUCGAGUGCAAUCUCAUUAAUUCCGUCCACUGGUUCAAGGCUUGUGAAUCUACCGCAGAGCCAGGAUUUGACAGCAUCUGUGAUGCGCAUAGGCUAUACAACCCAUUUAAUUCUGGCUCAUGCUAACCAUUCACUCAUUUCAGCCAGUGAUGUCAGGUCAAGGCUGUCAUUGAAUCUAAAUGCUAACACGGAUAAAUUUCACUUAAAUUCGCAAGAAGAAAAAGUGCCAGAAUCGCCAACAACACACGAAGAGUGUAAUUCUUGUGAAGAUAUUGAACAAUUAAAAAAUUCAGUAUUACGAACAUUCCAUUUCACGUCUUACAUAGAUGGGAUAACAAUAAUGCUUUGUUCAGAAACAGAAGGGAGUUUUAUAUGGAAAGAAUUCACGGCGUUGUCUCUCGACAAUGUUGGCAUAACUUUGGAGCCCAACUUGAAUCCAAAUACAGAAAUUACCGAGUUGUUUUUGGGUGUGACAAUUUGGGAUUUACAACUAGACAACCAGGAGUUUCAGUAUGGCGGAUAUGAUUUUAGUGUUGUCCUUUUGCGGCAGGGUGAGUCUGAUAAAAGCAUAUUUAUUGGAAAAGACCCUGCACACUUAGUAAAAACGUCUAAAGAGAACAAUCCAGCUAUCGACAUGACAGUCGUCCUCAACACUGGUGUUCAGAACGUCAUUCAAGAAAUAAAUGUCCAGGCAGCACCACUUCAGGUUUAUAUUGAAAACAACUACUUCACCAACUUGAUGAAUCAUAUUUCCAACCUAUAUCCUACGCUGUUGAUCACUGCUGGAAAACAGAUUAAUGUCGAAUCAAACUCGCCUUCUAAGUCUUUAAAAACUGUCAACACUUCUCUCUGCUCUAUUAACAACAAUUCUGAGAAAGCGAAUGGUGAAAAUUCGGUAAUUUUAUGCGAAGAAUCGGAACCGUCAUCAUUUACACCCUGGGAUUCAGUGAACCCAAUAAUCGAAGAUUCAAAAGAUGACUUGGAUUAUGAGGACACAUGCUGGCCUGAAUUACCAGAAGACCCACAGUCAAAAGUUCCAGUCCCACCAGAAAUUGUGCUAUCGGCUUUAGAAAUCACAAGACCGUUACAACUAAGGGCUUUUAAUCUAUCCCCUGUAGAUGUCCUGGUCAGCGUACACACAUCGACCAUGUUCUACAUUGCUUUGGACCAGUCGCCAUUGUACUUUUCAGAAUUUUGCAAAUCUGAUAUGGUCACUACAAUGUAUAGGUUGGGACAGGCUUUGACUCUUCACUACUUCCUCGGUGCAAUCUAUGGAACGGGUUGGGCGAUUGGAUCUUUACAACUUCUUGGAGCUCCUGCUGGCUUGGCCAGGAGCUUUGGACACGGCUUGAAAAGCUUUAUUACCCUACCUUACUUAGGAAUGAUGCAGGGUCCUACUGGUUUUCUGUCUGGUGUAAUAAAUGGUUCUGCUUCCUUAAUGAGACACAUUACUGCCGGCACCUUGACGUCUGUAAAUAAGUUGGCUGAAAGCUGGUCAAGAACUCUUGAUCGGCUUACCCUGUCUGAUGAUGAUCUCAAGAUUGCAGAAGAAAUGAGGAGGAUUAAACCUCAAGGAAUAGCAGAAGGGUUGAAACAGGGCUUGACCGAAUUUGGUGUGAGCAUUUUGGGAGGAGUUGGAGGAUUGGCUCAACAGCCUCUAGAUUAUGCAACUGGUUCCCAAGACAAAACCUUCGUAGGUUCUCUAAGCCGAGGUAUUGUUGGAGUGAUGGCACGACCUAUCAGUGGUGCUGCAGAGCUAGUCGCUAGGACGACUCAUGGAAUACUCAGUGGAGCAGGCUGGGCUGACCAGCACAUGCCAAAACACCAGGCUAUUUGCCAGGGGGUGCACCCAGGCAAUGAAUCUGCAGCUAAAUAUGUGAACCAGCUGGUUUCAAAGAUGGAAACAAUUUUACUAGUCUGUGAGGCGACAUCAAGCGAUUACGAGCCUGUUGUUCUUGUAAUAUCAUCGUUAAACUUGUACGUGAUCAGCAAGGAGGAUGCCAUUCACAAAGUAUUAAUGCUAAAUGAUGUAAUUGGAAACCGAGACAAGUUUGAUCCGACAAUGAUAAGAAUCUCUACUCAAACACCAGAUAAAGUUGCAGAGAAAUUAUCUCAAAAAAGGAUAACAGAAUUUGUGAGGGAGACACAAAGGGCACUAAAUACGAGUGGUAUAGAAGAAUCUCUUCCACCAACACCACCGUCAGUAGAGAUCGAUCCAUUUGUUUAUUACAUAAAUCCCCAGUGGCGUGAUUACUUUAUGAGUGUACUUGAAUUGGCAAUACGGCAUGCUUCACAGAAGGGCUUCCCCAUAUUGAACUGAACUAUUUUUUUUUAUAGUUCCUUGUUCAAAAAUUGGCAAGGUGCAAUUUGAUAUUUUUAUAGGUUUAUAUUUUGAUACGGUAAAAAAUUGUAUUUAUCCUUUAGCAGUGAAAUACUAGUCAAUAUUAGUGUGUAAAACCGUACGUUUCAAUAUGUAAAUAUUUAUUAUUAAAACAAUGAUGUAAUACAAGUCCAUUGAAAUCUG